AAAAUAUCGUGCUUUUCAUUUGUAUACGAAAAUGUGGUAGAAGAUAAAAAAAAAGUAUCAAAAAAUAGUGAACAACGAAAUCACGUAACGACAAGCGGAACAAAAAGGAACAACGAUAAGCAUUUUGUAAGAGACGAUGGGCGCUCAUAAAAAUAGACUUCUUCUUAAAAUAGGAUUAUAUUUUAUAAUUUUAUUUCAUAAAGUCAAAGUGACAUUAAAUACGUCUGUGACAAGCACAAUAUCGCCAGCAUCAUUACAACCAUACUUUGAUUUUAAUGUUCAGAGAAAUAUUACAGUGACUGUUGGACAAACUGGUUUCCUGAAUUGCCGUGUUGAAAGACUUGGCGAUAAAGAUGUAUCCUUUAUUCGCAAAAAAGAUUUACACAUACUAACAGCUGGUACACUAACCUAUACAUCUGACCAACGUUUCACGGUUUUGCGUCGUGAAAAUCCAUCAAUGUGGACAUUGCAAAUUAAAUAUCCACAAAUAUCAGAUUCCGGGACAUACGAGUGCCAAAUAAAUACAGAGCCAAAAAUGUCACUUUCGUACACAUUUAAUGUAGUUGAAUUAAAAGCACAAAUUCUUGGACCGAAUGAUUUGUAUGUAAAAUCAGGUAGUCAAAUAAUAAUUAAUUGUAAAUUAACCCAAGGACCACAUGAUUUGGGUUCCAUCUUAUGGUACAAAGGGAACGAAAUAGUUGAUACAUCAAUUCAACAAAAUAGCAUUAGUCAAAUCAACAAUAAAAAGUAUCACGAUAGAAUAAGCAUAGAAACAGAUUGGUCUGACGGAUUAAAGUCAACACUUACGAUAAAGAGAGCUAUUCAAAGUGAUACUGGAAAUUAUACUUGUGUGCCAACUAUAGCAAAGAGUUCGAGUGUCUGGGUACAAGUAAUUAGUGGUGAACAUCCGGCAGCAAUGCAACAUAAUUCUGCGCCAUCCUUGCUAUUCGUUUUUAGUGAUAGUCGUCGACAUAAUUGUCAAAAAAGUAGUUUUGUAAAAAAAUUAAUUUAUUUUAGAACAGUUGGAAUAUAUGUGAUACUUAUGGUAUUUGUAGCCAUUUUGCAGCAACUUCCGUCAUUGGUUUUAAUACAAAAUCGAUUUAAUUCCAGAUGA